AUGACAAAUACGACUCUACGUCCUAUGACAGAUCUUAUCCAUCGAAGAUUUCCGAAGACAAGUAUUAUAAAACCAAUAGAUUUACAUGAUUCUUUUGAAGAUAUUUAUACUGAUGAUAAUAAUCAUCAAAAUUCAUCAUCAAAUAUUGAUCCAUCAAGACAAACAAUAACAACAAGUUAUCAAUCGCAUAAUACCGUUAUAUACAGAUCAAACAAUAAUAUUAAUAAUAAUCAAAUAUCAUCAGAAAAUAUAUGUGAUAAAUCUAUAUCAUCGGCUUAUGAAUUUUCUUCUCAUACUACAUAUAAAAAUUCGAUUGGUAGUACUGACAUAAUUCGUUCACAUUCUCCUGAACCUUUUAGUAAUCAAAAAACUCCAUCAUUUAAACCAAUCGGAUUACGUCCGUCAUGCUCACUUAACGGUAUUUCACGCAUUCAAUUAGAUCCUAAAUUAACUGAUGAUAGUGGUAUAUAUGCAACACCAGCUACUUCUACACCAAUAUCAUCACCAAUAUUGUCACCAUCUAUUCAAUAUGAAAUAGUACCUAUCGUUGGACAACAAAAACGAGUACUAAUGGCAAAUCGUUAUAAUUUUGAUCAAAAAAAAAUAGAUGAAUAUUUAAAUCAAAAACUUAAGAAAAAUCCAAAAUUGACAAACGUAAGACAAGCAAGUGGACAAAGUUCAGCUGGUAAUUCGCCAACUAAACCAUUUAAAAAUAUCUUUUCAUUUUUUAAAAAAUCUUCAAAAACUUCUUCUCCUCCUGAUGUAUUAAUUAGUCAACCAAUAGUGCGUCAUCAUUCAUCAGCAGAUCAAAUAACUAAAAAUUUUUGA